UGAGUAGGCUAACCAGGUAAACUCACUUAGGCCGGGUUUAUAGAAAACGCAAGAACGCAGAAACGCAAGAAACGCAACUACGGUAAAAGUCCAACCUUAACUCUUCUACCAGCACGUUUAUAAAAAACGCAAGAGACGCAAGAACGCAACGCAGAAGUCGUUGAACUUUCUACUUCUUGCGUUUUCUCCUUGCGUUUCGGCCUUCUAUACUGGUUGCUUUAGUAUGUGGAAACUGAAACUGUCAUGUAAUGCAUAUAGAAGGCUCUGCGAUUGUAAUCGUUACGCUUGUGUUUCUUUAUUUAUGUUUUGGUCUGGCAUUCUUCUAGUGAAUACAGCGCAAUGGAGGAAGCUGAUUAAUUUCUUAUUCAGCUUAUCCAAAAUUUUCCCUGCCUGUACGAUAAGUACAACAAAGAUUUUAAAAUAAUCAUGACUUAUCUUGCGUUUUCUAUAAACCCGGCCUUAGCCAAUGCCUUUGAAAUUUUAAAUUUCUGUUACCAGCUGGCAUCUUUACUAUGUUGUAUUUCAGAGUAUCAUCAAGUCUUUUGUUAUUUACAUACAAACCAACAUAAAAUUGAUUAUUUAUAACAUCGUCACAAGUAUCAACGGAUAUAUUACUACUUACGUUGAUAAAAUCAGGUUCGGGAGGUGCUUUGAGAAUCAUCACGAUCCACAUAUUGUUCACUUUUAAAAUAAUCACUGAUAGUUUUAUUUGUAUUAUGAGUAGCUUCAAAUGCUUGUGAAUGUUUUCUUUUUAGAUUACUCAUUUUUUCAUCACAAAAUAUCACCGACACACUAAGCUUUAAUAAAAUAUUUUAAUAAAAUAUAAAUAAAACGCCAGUGUCAACAAAGUACAGUAGCAUCAUCAACAACAAACAGUAUGGCAAAUAUCAGUUCGUAAAAAUGCCAUUGUUAAUGCUUAAAUACUUUCACGCGUAUUUUAAUUCCCUACACUGUUCUGUAUCGUUUGGCAUUGUUUGCCAUCUAUCGGAGAAAGAUGAAACUACUUGAAUACUUUUUAUGGUUACAAUGCCUCAGUAACAAUUAUGUGUGGCAAUUGAAUUAUUACAAUAUUUCUUUUAAGAUACAAAAAAAUUACAAACUCAACUCAGGUAAUAAAUAAAAAAAAACCUUCCACACAUUUCUGGGGGGGGGGGAUGGAUCCCUAGGAUCCCCCCCUUCCCUUCGCCACUGACUCAAGUGAUUUAUCUUCGUCAAGGACUGUCCCUGUUUUGACAGCAUUUCUACUCAAAAUGUCUACAUGUAAAUGAGUUUUACCACUACUGUAACAUCCAGUGUACUCAUACUCCAUCAAUUUCAAUGCCCACCUGGUUAACCUUCCUGCGCUAUGAGCUUUAAAUGUCAAACGAUCCAGAUAACAAAGGCUAUGAUGAUCGGUUACAAUUUUGAAUGGCUUCAGGUAAAUGUAAGGCCGAAACUGGUCUAAAGCAUAAAUCAAAGCUAAACAUUCAAGGUGAGUUAUAGGAUAUCUAGUCUCUGCUGAAGUGAGUGUUCGGCUGGCAUAAGCAGUAGGUUGUAAUUUUCCAUCAAUUCUUUGUAACAAUGUGGCUCCUAUCCUUAAUGAACUAGGAUCUGUAUGUAGUUCAAUGGGUUGGUUUUCCUGGAAGUGAGCAAACACUGGGGAAGAAGUCAGCUUUUCUUUCAAAAUUUGGAAUGCUUGUUCUUGAUUGUCAGUCCAGAUAAACUUUUCAUAUUUAUUUAGCAAUGUCGGUACAUAUACCAUAAUUAUCGUACGCUGUCUAUUCACCUUCUGCCCCCUCAUCUUUUGAGUUGGGAGGAUGCCCUUUGGCAGAAAGUUGCGAUUGAAUACGCUCUUCUUACCACGUAAGUGGUAUCUUUGAAAAAAAGUUAUUUUGGUCGAAAAAUUUUUUUUUCAAUUUCUAGGCCAUGCAAUCUUAUAUGUGGAAGGAUGCAUUUUGGCAUUCAGUGACAUGCUGUAUGAAUGUAUGGACUCAUGUUAAUUUAUUUAUGGCCGAUGUUCCAAAGCUAUGGUGAACCAAGUGGAAGUUGUUGCAUUUGGAAGGGGACAUGUGCAAUGUGUGGUGGAUGAGCUGACCCCAACAUGGGCACAGCCUUGACGUGGCGUUGGGGCUUUUUCACUAAUGUGCCCUUCCCUCAUUGGGUGUUCCUGAUCCAUGUGCCCUUGCCACAUUGCCUGUCCCUGAUCCUCAUGCUAUCUGGGGAGUGGUGACCCCAGUGGGACUCGAUGUUCAUUGUCGCUAUAUUUGUGGUCGGUACUCACUUAUUGAAAUUUGUGGAAUAUAUUUUGUGUUGCAGGUUUCAGUCCUUACAAAGUGACAUUACUUAUGAGUGCUAAGUUAUUUAGAAGUGACAUUACUUAUGAGUGCUAAGUUAUUUAGAAGUGACAUUACUUAUGAGUGCUAAGUUAUUUAGAAGUGACAUUACUUAUGAGUGCUAAGUUAUUUAGAAGUGCUUGAUUUGGAACAUUGACAAUGCCCAAACAAAAGAAAUAUUGCAGUCCGGCUACUCGGACGGCCAAGGAGCGUGUGCGCGCGAAUAAGCGUUGAUCGCUUGAAAAACUUGCAAAGCUUGAGAAGUCUACUUCAAGAAGUGCAUGUGAUGAUGCUUCAGAUGAUGGUUCUUCAACACAGAGCAGCAUGACUUGCUCAAUUCCUGUUGGGACUUCUACGCCUACUAAGGCACCGGUUACGAGGGAAAAUGCUGUUCCCCCUUUUGUGCAAGGUGCUGUGAAGACGGUCCACCAGAAUCCACACCAGUCAGAUGGCGGGACCUUCCCAUGCAACUGAUGUGCCCAUCUUACCUCAUGAUGUGGUGCAAUUACCGUCUGCAAUUGACGAACAUGUUACGAGGGAAAUUGCAGUUACCACUUUUGUGCAACCUGCUGUGGAGAGGCGGUCCACCAGAAUCCACACUAGUCAGAUGGCGGGACCUUCCCAUGCAACUGAUGUGCCAAUCUUACCUCAUGAUGUAGUGCAAGAUCCAUCUACAAUUGAGGUUGGUGAAUCCUUUCUUCUUGACGACGAUAUUACCCGGCAGUUGCUGGGUCCUUUCUAUGUUGAGGAGAGUGCACCUGUGGUUGUGCAACAACAUGCUUAAAUGCCUGCAAUGACAAGCGCAAGAGCAAGACCAAGAGUGUAUCAUGCCUGCUCUUUUCGCGUGGCUCGCCAACUGCCUGUUAUUUCUGUCGAGGGGCAUGACAUGGGACUAAUGGAGCAGGCAUGUGUGUACUGUGGUGCACUUUAUUUUUCGAAUGAGGGUAUCAAACGUGAUCGCAGUUACACCAUCUGCUGCAUGCGAGGAAAGGUGAAACUACCACCUCUUGGUGACCCACCUGCUCUUUUACGCCAUCUUUUGACUGGCGAUGAUGACGAAUGCUCAGAGUACAGACAGUUCAUCCGCAACUACAAUUCUUCAUUGUCGUUUGCGUCCUUUUGUGCCGAUGGGAUGGUCCAAUCACCUUGCCGUUCUGUGUACACAUUUCAAAUUCAUGGACAAGUGCACCACUUCACUUCAGGGGCUGUACGCCCAGUCGAGGGUUCCGCACCUCGCUACAACCAACUUUACUUCAUUGAUGUCGAUGCUGCCAACAGUGUUCGAGUUCAACAGCACAGCCCAUGUCAGAUUGCCAUUCUCGAUCAGCUUGAGCAGAUGCUGUCCGAGGUGAAUCCUUAUGCAAGAAUUCAUAAGACCAUGAAGGAUGUGAUGGCCGAAAAGGAUCGGGAGGCUGAGCGAUUACGCCGUCCCAAGCGCAAAGUCAUUUUGACGAUCAAGCCUGGCAUUGGAAAGGAUGCCAAUACCUACAAUUUACCUGUUGCUGCUAACGAAGUUGCAGCGAUCUUUGUUGGUGAUGAACCACCAAUGAGAAACGAUAUUCGGAUUUAUCCAAAAGACAGGCCAGUGCAGUCCAUAAACAAUCUGCACCCUUCUACCGAUCCCAUGACUUAUCCUCUGCUGUUUCCACAUGGGGAACAUGGGUACACCAGCAGCAUGCAGCAUGAGUUCAUUGUAAGCGAACUGCGCAAUAAAGUUACAUGUAACCAGUUCUAUGCUUACAGGAUCAUGCAGAGACAAAUUUUUUCCAUAUUGCAUCACUCUGGAAAACUUUUCCAGCAAUAUUUGGUGGAUGCUUUUUGCAAGGCAGAAGCUUUAAGACUGUGGUAUGUUAAACAAAAUCAAGGCAAACUGAGAGUCGAGACCCUCAAUGAGAUUGUACAGCACAUCCAGCAUGCUCCUGAAGGAGGUGAUGCGAGAGUUGGCAAAGUUUUCGUACUCCCAUCAUCCUUUUAUGGCUCUUCCAGACAAAUUUAUCAAUUCUACCAAGAUUCCAUUGCCAUUAUGCAUCAUUACGGUAAGCCAGACCUUUUCAUUACGUUCACAUGCAAUCCUAAGUGGCCUGAAAUUGAACUGAAUCUUCAAGGUCGACAACUUUCUUGCCAUCGCCCUGACUUGGUAUGCAGGGUGUUCAAAAUGAAGCUGGAGGACUUCAUUGAGGAUCUUACGAAGCAUCAAAUUUUGGGCAAAGUUAAUGCCUACACUUAUACCAUUGAAUUCCAAAAGCGUGGUCUGCCUCAUGCUCAUAUCCUCAUUAUCUUGGAUAAACCUGACAAAAUUUUAACACCAGAAGCUGCUGAUGCUACUGUAUGUGCACAAAUUCCUAAUUUCGAUGUUUCGCCUCAACUUCAUGAAUUGGUCAAGAGUCACAUGGUACAUGUCAAAUGUGGCAAGGAUGCCUCCUGCUACAGAGAAGGAAAAUGCCGCUUCAACUUUCCCAAGGCUUUUAGGACUGAAACUCUCCUGAACUACAAAGGCUUUGUGCAGUAUCGCAGGCCAGACAAUGGUUUUACCGUGACUAUUGGUAGGAACCAGUAUGACAACAGGCACAUUGUUCCGUAUAACCCGUACCUGCUUCUCAAAUACUAGUGCCACAUCAAUGUCGAGAUCUGCUCUUCUAUUCAGGCCACAAAAUAUCUGUACAAGUACAUCCACAAGGGUCACGAUUCGGCUGUACUGCAAGUCGAUGAUAUUGUGAGGGACGAGGUGCAGUCCUUCAUUGACUGUCGCUACGUCAGUUCCCCAGAAGCGUGUUGACGUUUGCGUUCAUUCAAAAUGGCCGAUAAAAACAUUGUCGUUGUGAGGCUUGGACUUCACCUUGAAGGCAUGCAGCCUGUCUACAUUCAAAAUGACAAUGUCAAUGCUGCUUUGGAGAGCGCACAGCAGAAAAACACACACUUGACUGCAUACUUCCAUUACAAUUUGCAGCACAAACUUAUUCAUCAUGCUGUGGACGGCGACUGUGGGUCUACGCCAUGUCCUCUUCAACUAACGUAUGUCGACUUCCCGCAGCAAUUCCGCUGGAUGGAGAAGGAGAGAGUUUGGAAGCCACGAGACAAGGGAGGCUUCAACACAAUCUCUAGGUUGUACCAGGUGAAGCCCCAGAAGGAUGAGGAACUUAUGUGCCUUAGAAUUCUUCUUCAUAAUGUCAAGGGUGCUACAUCCUUCCAAAACAUACUCACUGUGGGUGGGUUCGAGCAUCCUCCCUAUAAAGAUGCAUGCCAAGCUCUUCUUCUUCUCGACAGGGACGACAUCUACGAGCUGACGUUAUUCGAAGUGGCGAAUUGGUGUGUUCCUUCGCGCCUACGGGUAUUCUUUGCCCACACUCUAUUUCACUGCAACCUAUCGGAUCCUCUGCAUUUGUAUGCUCGGCUCAGGCAACACUUGCUCGAUGACACUUCCGAUGAUGAAGUGGCCUGUGAAAAUCGAGCACUUCUACACAUUGCCUCACGGCUUUCGUACUUCAACAAAAGUCUGGCCGACUAUGGCCUUCCUUCGCCCGAUGAGGGACGUGUUCACGACAUGCCGCAAUUUGAUGUGGAUGUCGAGAGAACGGAAGCAGAGCGCAUGUCGUCCCUUCUCAAUGUGGAUCAGCGAGCUGUUUACGAACACAUCAUGGCUGCUGUUUUUGAGCCUGAAUCUUGCGAAGAACCUCGCUGCAGAGCUUAUUUCUUGGAUGGUCCUGGAGGUUCUGGGAAGACGUUCCUCUACAACUGUCUCAUACAUAGCCUUCGGGCUCAAGGCAAGGUCGUUUGUCCUGUUGCCUGGACUGGAAUCGCUUCAAUCCUACUUACAGGGGGUACCACUUCUCACUCUCUUUUCAAAUUUAGUGUGCCCUUAACCAAUGACUCAGUUUGUAACAUUUCUCAUCAGUCUAAAGAAGCUGAGCUUCUUCGAGCCUGCAGUCUCAUCAUCUGGGACGAGGCUCCUAUGGCACCUAAGCAUGCACUUCACCAAGUGGAUGCAUUGCUAAGAGACAUCACCAACAAUGACCGCACCAAGUUCGGUGGCAAAGUUCUGUUGCUCGGAGGAGACUUCAGGCAGGUCCUGCCUGUGGUUCAGCAUGGUGGUCGGGCCGAUCAGGUCAAUGCCUGCAUCAAGAACUCUCCAUUGUGGCCUUCCUUCAGGCAAUUCAGCCUGAGAGUCAACAUGAGGGCAGACCAAGGCCAGGAGGAGUUCCAAGACUUCCUCAUGCGAGUGGGCGACGGGCUAACACCACCCAUCGCAGAUCUGCCCGAAGACUUCAUCGAGGUUCCGAGUACGAUGGUGCUACAGGACGAUGCGGACAUCUGUUCGGUUGUGUUCGGUACCGAAGGUCUCACCGAAGAGGUCGUCAGCAGCCGAGCGAUACUGUGUCCAAAAAAAUGAGUUUGUUGAUGUCAUCAACAAAAAGAUGGUGUCCCGAUUACGUACGGAAUCACGUACAUACCGGAGCUUCGACAGACUGGAGGAGACAGCAGAAGAAGGGAUGAAUGUGCCUGUCGAGUUCUUAAACACACUCACACUUUCUUCCCUUCCUCCUCACUCUUUGACCCUUGCUGUUGGAUCAUGCUUCAUGCUUAUCCGAAAUCUAGAUCCCAAGCAUGGUCUUUGCAAUGGGACAAGGUGCAUCGUUGUUCGCAUGUCUAACUAUGUCAUUGAUGCAAAAAUUAUAAAUGGAUCCUUCAAAGGUGAAAGAGCCUAUAUUCCACGCUUAAAGCUUACAUCUUCUGCUGCAGAUUUUCCUUUCAUCUUCUCUCGUACGCAGUUUCCUAUUCGGUUGGCUUUUGCUAUGACCAUCAACAAAAGCCAAGGACAGACAUUCGAGUGGGUUGGCCUCUACCUUCCUCAUCCAGUCUUCAGUCAUGGCCAACAUUUAUGUGGCUUUGUCCAGAGCCAAGUGCUUCGAUGCUAUUUCUGUGCUUGCUAAACUUCCUUCUGAACUUGCCUUGCAGCCUCUGCACCGUAGAAGUCACUUCACACGCAAUGUCGUGUAUCCUGAAGUGCUCUCCUAAUUUACCUCCUUCCUAAAUAUUUUCCUUUAUUUCCUGAACCAAGUAUUAACAUUAAAAAAUAUUCCUUUCCUUUCCUUUCUUCUAAAACAUGUCAUUGCAAUUCCCACUUCUUUGCCUGCUGCUGUAUCAUUCCUCAUACUAAAUCACGACCUCUUCGGUGACCUUCUUCAAGACUCUGCUGGACUAAGCCUCUGUGUGCUGGAUCCGACAUGUGGAGGUGUUCCUGGGAGCGCUGCACUUUCUUCUAACUUCAUAGUAACAGCUGCAGGUACCAGUGAGUUGGCACAGAGUUCUACUUCUCUCUGGAGUGUUUUUGACGAACUUGCUGAGGGCGAAUCAAGUAACCAGAUCAUGUAAUCAGAAACUGAUUGCUAUUUUAGUAUGCCUGUUGUACAAAGAAGUGAUGAUCCCCUAAAGUGGUGGAGAGAAAAAGGAAAAGAUGCGUUCCCUAACGUGUGUAAAGUUGCAAUGCUGUAUUUAGGCAUCCCUGCAACAGAAACUGCAAGUGAACGUGUGUUUUCUUCUGCGGGGAACAUUGUUUUCCCCAUGCGUAUGUCCCUUUCCUCAGAACAUACAGAGGAACUGGUGUUCAUACACGAAAAUGGAGGCAUUUAAUAGUAUUGUUUAUUUUUCAUUAUUUUAAUUUUAAUACUAUGGCUUUUAAAAGUUUAAAUGAUAUGGUUUUGAUAACCCAUUUUUGAAAUAAAUAAAUUUGCUUGGA